AUACCUCCAGACGACGUUCGAAUGCAACCUGCAGAUCCUUCACGGAGCGACGCAUCCGAUCACUUGUGACCCGAACACAGGAUCUGAGCCUCUAUUGCCCCGAAUGAGGAGGUUCUCCCGUUAUCAGUUGCACGCCUUUGUACUGUCCUUCGUCACGUGCGGAGACAACUCGGCCAACGCCUCACUUUCACCUGUGCCUGACACGCAACUUAUCCCCUUCCGUAGCUCACUGCUAGCCCUAAUAUGCCUUAUGUCACACUUCCUGUGGAUCAAAUACGCGUAUAUUACCGCACAAACCUUCCAAACGAUGACUUAAGUCAGAUCGCGUCAUCGGAGAAGGCGACACUCCUUAUCCUGCAUCCAACAUAUCUUUCCUCCGAUCACUUGUCAUCACAGUUCGAUGAUCCAUUGAUGAAAGACUACUUCAACCUGAUUGCCUUCGAUGCGGUUUGUUGCGGACGAACCGAGGCGCCAAAUUACCUGAGCCUUAGUCAGGCGGCAGUUCAUGAUGGAUAUGUUGAUGCUGCAAUCAUUGCACUAUUCCACGAAUAUUUGAGUCUUCCACCCGUGCAUGUUAUGGCGAGCGAGCACAGACCAGUUCAAGGCGCAACAAGAUUCGUCCUGCUCUUUCCAGAAAAGGUAUUGAGUCUUGCUACUUGUUCUCCUCCGCGGAACAUCUUGAACAAGUCUGACUGGAUCGUGCAGGCAUGGCACAGUUUGCAGGAUGCAUGGAAUGAAUGCGACGAUUUGAAUGGCCUUGACGCGGUUUUCAGUGAGCUUCUAUACUUCGGGUUCGCUUCAACAUUGGAUCAAGACCAAACUGACGAUAUUGUCAAUUACUGGUAUCAUUUCUAUCCACCAGCUCGUAUCACGCGCACAAUUGCACCUUACCUAAUAACCAACAAUCGAAAGCAUGUCACUCCCAUGGAAUUUAGUUGGUUCACACGGCCACUGCUAAUAAUUCAAGGAACCAAUGAAGAGCAGGCAGUACUGCCCCCAUUGUGCCAUAUUCCGGGGGGUGUACAACUUGUCGCCAUCAAAGAUGCCUCGUAUUGCCCUGCCAUCCCCGCAAAACGGCACGGAAAGUGAACGAAUUGGUUGUCAACUUCAUCAAGAAUCUCGAUGGAGUAGGGCAAACAUCUUAUCCGCUCCCUCAUGACCGCCUCGAAAGAUUUAGCACUGCUCUGGGGAAGAUUGCUCA